AUGUCCACAGACUAUCGCCGAAGUCUCAGCGGUUUGGCGCAGUUCAUAUUGCCGGCUCUUAUCGAUUCCUCAAGUAUGACGGAUGUUCGUGGCACAUCCGAUCACGAAGGAUUGCUCGAAGGGGCCCAUAGGCAGAUUAUGCGCGCUGCUGUUGGAUUGAAAGAAAUGGCAGAAAGGGCACAUGAAGCUGGUCGACGACGUGUUGAGAAGUUUCAACGAGAACCACCGCUAUGUUUCAUUAUUAUGAAUAGGGCAUAUCACAAAUAUGGACUAAAGCGUAUCACACACAAUCGCUCUCGCCAUGUUGUUAAGCUAAUGGCUCGCGUAUUCAACAACUCCGAAUAUUUGGUGUAUAUCAAAGGUAGAACAACACUACAGUUGCAAAAAGUCUUCAAUAAGUGA